CUCAGCGGAGUCUUCAUGAGGAACACAUGUGGGAGCAUCUUUACAAACUUCUGCACACCUUUAAAGAGCAUUUCCUUUCGUUUGGAUCAUUACUAUUAGUACUAAACCACACAGAUCCGAACCGUAAACACACGUGGGGACUAAAAAGUGAUAGUCUACGUGAAGAAAUCCUGCGGCUUUUACAAAGACUCCGGAUUUAGGAUGAAUUUAUCAUUUCUAUACACACUUUGUCUUUUGCUGUCCGUCUUACCAAUGCAUGGCUGUAAUGAUGCGGGACAGGGUUGUAUGGAUAAGCACAGAGUGAUGGGGAUAUUGCGUCAAAUGGAGACAUUUCUGAAAGGACAGGAGACCCGAUUCACAGAAGGGCUUCGGAUUAUGAAGUCCAAACUCACCAAUCUUCAAAAAUCUGUGUCCAAGUUCCCUCAAGCAGACCAGUCCUCAUCUCAGCUCUUGUGUCCAUCUCUGGUGGCUCCAGCCCAUGGAAGGAAGUUUGGCUCCAAGUUCCUCGCAGGACACGAGGUCCAUUUCACAUGUUCUCAGGGUUAUCGCUUGGUAGGGCCAGGGACACGCGUGUGUCAAGACAACGGCACCUGGAGUGGAGCCACUGUUGUCUGUAAAGAUGUGAGCGUGUGUUCCAGUAACCCAUGUCAGAACGGUGGCACGUGUGUGCAGAGUCUUAACCAGUACAAGUGCACCUGUCCACACAACUGGAGCGGGAGCCACUGUCAAUACCAGACGCAGACAGCACCUCCGGAAUGGAGCGUCAUGAAUGAUCCGGCCUUUAGCCGUAAACCUCGCUGUGCAAAAGUGGACCGGGCCCAGCACUGUAGCUGUGACGCUGGAUUCCACAUGAGCGGAACCUCAGACAACAGCAUCUGCCAGGAUGUGAAUGAAUGUGAGGUGUAUAAGGCUGAUCGUGGAGGGCCUCUGUGCAGCCACACCUGCAUAAACGUCCCGGGAUCAUACCACUGUUCCUGCCCCACCGGAUAUAAACUACUCGCAGAUGGUAGAAGCUGUGAGGAUGUGGACGAAUGUCUUACACAACAGCACAACUGCAGUCGUGGCAUUACCUGUAUCAACACCGGAGGAAGUUUCCAGUGUGUUAACCCAGAGUGUCCGCACUCGCACGGCAACGUCAGCUACGUGAAGACCUCAACUUUUCAAUGUGAAAGGAAUCCCUGUCCAAUGGAGAGCCGUGCCUGUCCAUCUGCCGCAAAGACCAUUUCUUACCACUACCUAUCUCUGCCCUCGAACCUGCGCACGCCAGCAACCCUGUUCCGAAUGGCCACCGCAGCAGCUCCAGGUCGGCCGGGCCCGGACAGCCUCCGAUUUGGCAUCGCCGGAGGAGGGGACGCCCGGAGCAUGUUUGUGAUGCAGCGCUCAGACCGUCAAACCGGAGAGCUGAUCCUGGUUCAACCGCUGCGAGGUCCACAAGAGCUCAGCGUGGAAGUAGAGAUGGCCGAGUACGCUGACCGCACCUUUCAAGCCAAACAUCUGGCGCGAGUCCACAUUCUGGUUUCGCCGUACGAGUUCUAAGGAGGGCGAGUUAUCUGAUUGAGCUGUAAAGUGUCUAAAUUGAGUGUUGAUGUUUAGACUUGGUGAAGGAAAGGGCGAAGAUAAUGUUCUCCUUAUUGCCAAGGCUCGAUGAAAGAGUUGUUAUUAUAGGCAGCUCAUAUUUGGACGUUGGAGUGCCGCAAAAAUGAAAGUUAUUGAAUGUACAGUGGAAAGUCGUGUUUGUGCGUGUUUGGCUAAAAGGGAAGUGUGUAAUUGUUUAGAUGUUUAAAUGCUUUCUCUUAUCGCAGUUUAAUGUGUAAAGACUUAUUUAGAUUAAAUAAAUAAUGGCAUAUUUAAGAAAGCCAUUUGUAAGUACACUUCCUGAAGAGUGUAAACACAGUGCUGGUUUCAAAACAUUGCUCUGUUUGCUUGUUUGCCCAACAUGUCAACUUCUGGUUCAACCAGUAGCUUACUUUUGGGUGGGACUACCUAUUUGUAUGUGCAAUGGAAGUGAGGGGGCGGGGCAGAAGAAGUGUUAGGAGUGUUUUGGAAACAUGUCUGGAAACAAUUAUUACUUUUGCAAUCCCGUUUGGUGCUGCUAAUGGCACAGAAUUUACACACUUCACCUUUAAAGUACCAUCCCAAACUGCAACCCUUCAAUAUGCAGCAUAUGCAGGGUUGUUUUUAAAAAAAAUGCAAACUGGUCUCAUUUCAUCACGUUACUACACCUACAAUUUUAAACAACGUUUCUUUAUGUGGCUUGUAUGUACUGCGGCAGUUUUCUUAGAGGCGCUAAAACAAUUACUAUUAUUCACUUAAAACGUCAGAUUAUCACUUCAUUAUCUCUUACUUUUUCAUCCUGUUCCUCACACAAUGCUAUCUUAUGACAUCUAAACACUUUUACUAGAGUGCAUGACUUAUAAAGUGAAACAUUUUAACAGUUGCAUUACAUAAUUAACUGCAUUUACAAGCUUUUUCAGGCAGCUCAACUGAUAGAGGAUUGCACUUGCAAUGCAAAGGACUGGGGUACGAGUCCUGAAGAGCACUCGAGUCAAUACAUUUAUAUUUAUGCAUUUGGCAGACGCUUUUAUCCAAAGCGACUUACAGUGCAAUUAUUACAGGGACAAUCCCCCCGGAGCAACCUGGAGUUAAGUGCCUUGCUCAAGGACACAAUGGUGGUGGCUGUGGGGAUCGAACCAGCAACCUUCUGCUUAACAGAUUAGUGCUUUAGCCCACUACGCCACCCCAAAACAACCCUCCAUGAUCCGAUACGUGAUCUGAAUGUGUCAUAAAAGCACCACAAAUUUAUGUGGUUGCUUCAGCAAUUGUGUUUUUAUGUCACAUUUGCUUUUUAUGACUUUUAUCAGUUAGGUUUUAGGUUUAGGGUUGUGUGAUGUGUUUUGUUGAAGCGUUAACCUAAAAAAACUAAUCUGUUAGGGAAAACAUUACUGGCUUUUAUUGUCACACAGUGGACAUUUCACCUCAGAACUGCCAUGUGUAAUGAACCAUGUAGGUCAUUUUGCAAAUCAGGCUGAAAAAACAAAUGUGUUUGGCCAAUAUAGGUUGACGUAGGUCGAGUGAAACGGUGCAGCAAAGUGUAUAAUGCUGAUGUCAAUAAACAGCAAAAAAAGUACGGGCAAAUCUUAGGGGUGGAAAAAGAAACAAAAGAGCUUUAUAACUAGUUGAUAAAUGAACACGUGGUAGAUUGGUAAAAAAAUAGUUAAUGCCUAAUGUUGCUGAUUCUGAGAUAUUGCUUUUAUUACCUUUGCGGAAAAAGUUAAUUUCAGCUUGUAUAAAUGUGCAUUACUGUCAGUCGAUGAGCUCAAAGGGUCAAAUAGACCGAUAUAAACAACAGUUCUUUAGCAUCUAUCUACAUUGAAAAGCUGCCUAUUUGUAUUGUUCUUCAUGUAUGUUGAUUGUUUUUACUAAGAACAACAAUGCAUGAACAUUUCUUUUUGUUAUAAAUUUUGCAUUUAAAAAUGAAAUGUUAAUUGCUGUUAAUGCUUGCAUUGUCAUGUGUAUAUGAGGUUUGAUAUCUAAUAAUAAACUCA